AGGUGUAGCAAACCAGACCAACCAGACCAGACCAGACCAUGGAUCUUUUUCACAAGUUCCUGAACCUCGUAGCUCCUUCCUUCACCUUCUUCUCUUUAUGCCUUCUCUUACCACCAUUUUAUCUCUUUAAAUUCUUCCUUUCCAUCCUCAGCUCCAUUUUAAGUGAAAAACUUGAUGGAAAAGUUGUCAUCAUAACGGGUGCUUCUUCAGGCAUUGGGGAACUUUUGGCGUACGAGUAUGGUAGAAGAGGAGCCCGCUUAGCUCUCAUAGCACGAAGAGAGAAAUCACUGCAAGAAGUUGCUGAUAGAGCACGUGAUUUGGGCUCUCCAGAGGAUGUUUCAAAACUUGAUGACUGAAAGCGACGUGUUGAGGAAACUUUGAAUCAUUUUGGCAGACUGGACCAUCUGGUAAAUAAUGCUGGAAUCAAUUCAUUCUGCAUGUUUGAAGAUGCACCUCCAGACAUGACUAAUUUCAGAGCUGUAAUGUGGAUCGCUUGCUCUAGUUUUAAACACAAUGGCCAUUCUUUCUCUGGGAAUUGUAUGGAUUUUAGUAUCGCGCGGCCUCACUCAAACCUCAAAUUUUUUAGUGGUCAUUCUUUCUUUGCGAAUUACAUACAAUAUGGUUUCAUACCCGGUGAACAAGUGUGUGCAAAGGCAAAUGUAGCAAGUGGUUGCCGUGGAGAUAGGUAUUUGACAGAGCCAUCUUGGUAUAGCCUGGGAUUGUUGUUAAAGAUGGUUUGCCCUGAGCUACAAGAGUGGUGUUGCCGUUUAAAAUUGCCUGCCAAACCUCCAUCUUCAAAGAACACAUCUUAGUUGGCAAGAACAAUACUCGAAUUGAAGAACGUUUGUUCAAGAUCAAUUUUAGCCAUUCUCUGGGUUUAAUUAUUGAAGGCCUGUCAGUUUUAUCAAACUAUGUAUGGCUUAUGGAAUUUUAAUUCGAGAACUCAGGUGUUAAAUUUGGUACUUUGUAAUUAGA